AUGCCCAGAGGGGAAAUGAUGGACGCAUCGGUGGAUGCAACAGGGCGACCGCUCUUGAGGUCCCACAAGGCACUGCCGCGGAGGGGCAUCGCAGUCCCCAGCGUGGACGUUGCCCAACCGGCCUCACCGGAUCAUAAUGGUACUGUCACUGCGGCGCCCGUCCCUCCAUUGACUCCGCCCGGUGCGAACCAGGAAGAAGGCAUGGAGGACGACCGCACACCGCGCAAGGCCGACUCUAUCUCCGAGAGCCAUACUGCAGGCAUGUUGACACCUCGACGGCCCUCGAAACCUCCAACGCCCGAUGUUACACCACCUCGCACGAAUUCUGCUAAGCGACCGACCCUCAACAACUUCGUACAUCUGUCCUCCUCGUCUCGCGCCGAGUCUUUUCAAACCGCUUGCGAGAGUAUCUCCUCCGAUGGCGAUAGAGAAACGCCGGGCCGUUCAUCCUCGAUCGCAUCAAAGAAGAUUAGACCAAGGGUGACCUCGUCCAGGCGAACUGUGUCGAAUGGGAUCCGUGCGAAACUUACAUAUGCGAAAGAUUCGCCGCAGAUAUCCCAACCACACAGCGAAACAGAAUAUGAAACCGGUUUCGAAUCGUUCGACGGAGAAUGGAUGUCCCCCAAGGGCGAUGGGUCUCCGACACCACUGGUUGGAAAACGGAAAGGCUCCCAGACGCGUAAUCGAUCUGAUCAGAAACAGGCAGCCGAUAGUGACUCGCUGGACGUGCAACAUGUGGAUGCCUCGUUGAUGCGUGAAAAGACUCUACGGGACCGCGUUCAUAAUACUCAAGAUCUGACAACCACACCAUCAAUGGAGCGGUUUCGGGAAGAUAUCGGAUGGCCAUCCUCCUACGAGGCUCCUUCAGGGGUGGAUGACGACCCUGACUCUCGUCGAUUGUCAGGCCUGUCUUCGACCUCCACCGUCGAAGCCAUGAUCAUCGACUCUCCCAAACAAGCCCAGCGAUUUUUGCGACACACGGAGAAGAGAAAGUCCUUGCGCUCGGCGAGCUCUCCCAUCACAAAGUCUGAGCGCACGUCUACCACCUCCCAUGCCGAUUCGCAGCAUCGUCUAGUCCACAAGGCUGCUCGUAUCUCGGAAAGUGAUCGCCGCAGCAUCUCAUCAGAUGUCUCUUUCUCGGUCAAGACAGCCAGUACCGCACCUCCACCAUUCGUGGAUAGAAUUCCCGUCGUGGUUGUACCAGAAAGGAAAUCAUCCUUGAAAUCAGGACCCAACAGCCAAGUUUCUUCCAGACAGAAUUCUCAGAGGUCUAAUCAACGACCUCCGGUGACUCCAAGGAGCCCUGCAGAUGCCCGACGACAAAGGCAGCGAACCAUGUCUGACUCUGUGCCUGCAAGUCCCCGAGACUCGAGCUCGAGGAGCCGCCCUCUAGCACGUCCCGUUAUCCCACCUCGCAGCUCGUCGCUAUCUGCACAAACGAGCCGGACCAACUCCCGCACCACGUCCCUUACGUCCGAAAGUCUGCGAAGCCACACUCUGGCCAUGGAUCUUGACUUGCAGAAGCGUCGUGACCAACAGCCUGUCUCACCUCCCCGCCACAAUAUUUUGGGUAUUCACCCCCCAGGACUCGUGGAGCCUCCCAAAUUGCCGGGUUUGGUCGUUACCUCCUCGGAGGAUGCUGCGACUUUGCGGCCUCCGUCUUUGCCCUACACCCAGUGGUCAAUACCGUCGUCUUCACCCGGGCCCGUGGAGAUUCAUGAGGCCAAGGCUGUCAGCUUGUUCCCGCACAACAAUCGAUCCCUCCUUUUGGUUGACCAGCGAGUGCCGGGUGAACCGCAACCUGUUCGAGCAUUCCAUUAUGGGAUCUCAGAUCAUGAAGUGCUCCCGCAAACACCAGAUGCGCCGAUUGGAACAGCACUCAUGCAGGUGCAUUCUCCGUUGAAGAAUCCCCGUCCUCCUCCCAAGCCUCCCAUCGGCAAAUCCCUUCCACCGAUUCCAACACAGGAAGAAAACACGGAUGCUCGCCAAAAUGACGACGAGCGAGUGCCCGGUCGUUGGGGUUCCGUUCGUCGAACCUGGGCUGCGCGACCCCGAUCGAAUUCCUUCAACACUGUUGUACGGUCCCUUUCAGUGCGAUCAGCGAAGAAUAGGACAGCUGGAGUGGACAUGGAUAGUCGUCUUCAUCCAUUUUGGCGCCCGCGCGGGUUCUGGGAAGAUGGGCGCGGGUCUCCCAUCAAAGACCGAUCAGGUCGCCAAAGCCCCUUGAAACAGGAAAGUUCAAUGGUAGUCAAGAAUUCACUUGGUCUACCCCAGCACCGGGUCAUCAUCGAAGGACCGGCUGCUCUUGCACGACGCAGUCCCGAAAUGAGACGACUCUUUAAUGCCAGCCACGCCAGCCUGGCCCGUACAGGCUCUCCGCUGUACCCAACCCGCUACCGAGCGCUUUCCCGAUGGGGACGUCAUCUUCGAUCAAUCUCAUUGCGCAGCACGCGAGCCCGUCUGCGACGCAUGCGCCAACGACGCGAUGAGAGAAAACUAGCCGCACGCCGCGAGAAUCUCAAGCAGAGCAUCGGCUUCCCAGUCUAUGUGGCGUCCAGCGCCACCAAUGGGGUUGUGCGGUGA